GCGAAAUUUGAUGGUGUGGAGUUCACUGUUAGUAAAGGUUAUUUCUGUUUUGCAUUGUUGACGGGUGUGAAGACUAUGAAAAAGGGAGAGAAGGUGCUUCUGUCUACAAAAGCACAAUGUAGGCUAGGAGAGCAGGGUAAGCCUACAUCUGGUGAUGAAGGUGUUGCUCCUCCCAAUGCAACUCUACAAAUUACUCUUGUGCUGGUAUCAUGGAAGAUUGUUGCAAAUGUUACAGAUGACAAAAAGGUUGUUAAAAAGAUAUUGAAUGAAGGAGAAGGAUAUGACCGUCCUAACGAGGGAGCUGUUGUAAAAUUGAAAUUAAUUGGUAAGCUACAAGAAGGCACUACGUUUAUUAGAAAGGGUCAUGAAGAUGGGGAUGAAUUAUUUGAAUUUAAGACUGAUGGAGCUGUUCGAUUUGUACUUUUUAAUGGCUCUUUAGAUUUUCCCUUUACAAAGUUCAUGACUCCGCAACAUCUAAGCGGAACAAGAAAAGGAAUCAUGGGAUAUGAAUACUGA